AACAACUGUGUUUCUUCCUUUCAAUUUUCAGUGUCUCCCAGUCUAAAUUAACUACGUGAUGACAGACCCUAAAAAUUACAACUCCAGCGGCUUCAAUAAUAGAUGGAUCAACUUCAUGCCUCCCCAUCCACAAUACUACUGCUUUGAAUCCACUUCUUCUUUCAAUUCCAAUCCUUAUCCACAUCAUCAGUUCUCUCAUAACUUGAUGUAUAACAACUCCUCCUGUGUUGUUCAGAGCCAACCCUCAUCGUCUCAUGAUUCUCAUCUGAAAGAAGCUCUGCCUUUAAUAAACAAACUAAACCCUAGAGGAGCACAAUUAGAGGAAGAGGAAGAGGGCACAAGUCACAACCCCACGAACAAAGCUGAUGUCGAUGAUGAUGUAGCCCUACGUAUAGGCCUCCCAAGUAGUAAGUAUAGUAUUGAUCCAGUUAGUGGUGGUAUGGAAGUAGAUCAAUCUAAUGAUGAUGAAUUAGGAGCAGCUGCGAGUGUGGACAGAUUAAACAAGGGUCAUUACUGGAUUCCCACCCCUUCUCAGAUUCUAAAUGGCCCAACUCGAUUCUCAUGUCCUCUGUGCUUCAAAACCUUUAACAGAUACAAUAACUUGCAGAUGCAUAUGUGGGGACAUGGAUCUCAAUACAGGAAAGGACCGGACUCUCUAAAAGGAAAUAAGCCCACAGCAAUGCUGAGACUCCCUUGCUACUGCUGCGCACAAGGUUGCAAGCACAACAUUGACCACCCAAGAGCCAAACAACUCAAGGACUUCAGAACUCUCCAAGCACAUUACAAGAGAAAGCAUGGGAUAAGGUCCUUCAUCUGCAAAAGAUGUGGCAAGUCACUUGCUUUGAAAGGUGAUUGGAGAACUCAUGAAAAAAACUGUGGCAAGAUUUGGCAUUGCAUUUGCGGCUCUGAAUUUAAGCACAAGAGAUCUCUCAAAGACCACAUUAAGUCCUUCGGUGAAGGACAUGGAGCUUUCGAUAUCGAGUAUUUUGAAGAGGAUGAUGAACCAGCAUCUGAAAUAGAACACAUGUGAGGCCAGUUAGUUGUCUUAAUCUGAUUAUAUAUUAUGUUUUAGGUGUAUAUAUAUAUAUCUUUUAAGCUGAUCAUCUUCAACUUCAAAAAUAUAGAUGAUCGAGUACGUUGUUCCUCUAUCAUGAUGGAUAUGGACAUAUGGUAAACUUGGCAGUCUUGGC